UAAUUAAUUUAUAUUGUUAUUUCUAUGAUAGACCACAGCAAUUUUUAGUGAUAUUUUUGUUAUCAGAAAUGUAGCAGCGACUCGACGUUCAAGGCCUACUUCGAUGUCAAUAAUUUCUGAAUGGACUAUACAUAAUAUGGCCCUAUUCUAAUCAACGGAUUUUUGGCAAAAACUCAAACGCGUGUAAUGACCCUUGCUUUCAAUUAAAUAUAUAAACAUAUAAUUACUGCGAUUAGUUGCGCUAUAGAAGAAGUAGAGAUGUGUCUUAUUAUAUGAAUAGCUAUAACAGUAAAUCAAAUGUCCCUCUAUAUUCGACAUAAUUCAAACAAGAUAUUAUUACGAAUACUUACACUUAAGAAGCAGAAGAUAUGUGUCUUUUGAUGAAUGUAUAACAGUAAUUGAAAACGCCCUAUCUAUAUUUAUUGAGAAGUGCUAUAUUCGAAGUGACAAUGUCGCUCAAUGCGAAUCAUUUGAGUGCCUUCUUCGGCAAAUUUUCAACUAAUCCAAAUAUACUAACUACUGAAGCUUCUAUGAAAUUAUUAGAUAGAACACAUCACAGUUCUUCUGGGCACUAUGGAGAAGGUUAUCACCACCAAUAUAGUUACAGCAAAAAAAAGAAAAAGAGCAUAGCCAUGAAUACGCUCACUCUGCUAUCAUUUCUAUUUUUCCUAAAUAUGCUUCAGAAUUGUAUACAAGAACAUAUUAACCAGAUGAACCCCACAACCAUAGUGAUUCAAAUACAGACAACAAUGGCAACUGUUCGAAAAAUGGAUCUGGAAGGGGAUGAUGUUGGAAAAAUCCUCGAAAUUGGUACUUUGAAUCGAUCCGAAAGAGUCAGAAAUAAUGAUAAAAAUAGAAAUUAUGAAAUAUCAAGUAAUGUUAAAGGAAGAAAAAAUACUGAUGGAACUAAAAUGAAGAAGAAAAAUAUAAAACGCAAGACAAAACCAACAACAUUUUCAGAAGAAAACGAAUAUCAGUAUGAAUAGUCAAAUAGCUUCAAGAAUACCAUCUACAAAUGAUUAAAUGAAAACC